AUGUCGGUGACGCAGCAGCUGCUUCUGAUGCUGCUGCUGCUGCUGGUGAUGUUAGCUAGCGGCGCUCAGCCCCAGGAGACCACCACCACCGCGACACCACCACCACCAUCACCUCCACCAGCUGGGCCCGUGGACGUGUCCAAACUCACGACCAGCGAGCCCCUCUCGGCCCGGGUCGAGCGGCCCCUGGGCUCCUGCAGCGUCGCGUGCGGAGUGGGAGCCCUUGAGGUAGCCUCGUGCCUCGAGACGCAGGGCACGGAGCCUACGCAGUGUCGCAAGGUGACGCGCCCGUGCCUGCGGAGGGCCGACUGCGGCGUGCGGGCCGUGUCCGUCGUCUCGGGCCACGGCGCUGCCCUCGACUGCCUGGGGCCCGAGAUGGCCCGCGUGGACCUCGCCGGCUUCUCCUUCGCCUGGAGGUGGGCCCCCGGCGCCGUCACCGAGGACCCGUCGGAGAUCCGCGUUCCCCUCGCGCCGGCGCCGCCCUCCUCCAGCCUGAGCUGGAGGUCGGCGACGGAGCGCGCCGCCGGCUCGUACCGCUGCGUGGUGACGGCCCGCGGGGUCCCGGAGCCCGUCAAGAUCGUCCUCUUCGUGCUCAAGGUGAAAACCCUUCAGCUGCCCUUCGCGGACACGAGCCCGGACGAGAGGGCCGGAAUGCUCCAGCAGCUUGCCCAGGCGCUGGCGGCCUUCUACCGCGACCGGCUGCGGGGCCACGCGUGGGCCGCUGCUCUCCUCGUCCUGGCAGGCUUCGGCCUCCCCGUGGCCUGGCUGUGCCUCGCUGCACGGUGCGGGCGCAGAGGGCAGGAUGAUGGGACGCCGGUGCUGCCGUGA